UAUUUAUUCUCAGUCUGCUGAUGGAUCUUAUUGAGUAUAUAAACUCUCUACCUCACUUGUUGAUUAGAUUGCCGUCUUCAUGGUUGUUGGUGCAGCUGACAUUCUUUCAUCCUCAGCCACGGUAAUGAAAUGUUGCGGCUCAACUAACAUUAUUUCUGGAAAAGAAAGGGCGCAAUCCUGCACAAUGCCAACCAGUGAGGGGGACACAAGUAAUUGCACAGACAUAAUGGUGACAGAUAAUACGCAAGCUAAAAAAGUAUUGACAUGCCAUCUUGUAGUUGCUUCACUGGUUGGAGCUUUUGGCUCAGCAUUUUUGUAUGGCUAUAACCUGUCAGUAGUAAAUGCACCAACAGUGUACGUUAAAGCCUUUUGCAAUGAAUCAUGGACCAGGCGAUUUGGAACACCCAUUGAGACCAAAUCACUGACACUUCUCUGGUCAAUAAUUGUUUCCAUUUCUGCCAUUGGUGGUCUGGUCGGUGCAUUUAUUGUCACCCCGUUUGUGAAACACUUGGGCAGGAAAGGCACACUUCUCUUAAAUAAUGGAUUCGCAAUCCUUGCUGCUUUAUUGAUGUCCUUGAGUGAAACUGCUGGCUUCUUCGAAAUGCUGAUUGUGGGGCGUUUUAUUAUUGGAGUGAAUGGAGGCAUUGCCCUCAGUGCCCUUCCUAUGUACUUGGGUGAAAUCUCACCGAAGCAAAUCCGUGGCUCCCUAGGGCAGAUCACAUCCAUUUUCAUCUGUGUUGGUGUCUUUGUUGGUCAGAUCUUGGGACUUCCGGAGAUACUUGGCAAGGAGUCAAGUUGGCCAUUAAUGUUUGGGCUUAAUGCAGUUCCAGCUGUGAUUCAACUUGCUGUUCUUCCAUUCCUUCCCGAAAGCCCUCGGUACUUGCUGUUUGAAAAGAAUGAUGUUUCUCAAGCCAAGAAAGCAUUUCAAAUCUUUAGUGGGAAGGAAGAUGUCGUGAAAGAACUGGAGGAAGUCCAGGCAGAAAGGAAAGCCCAAAAACACGUUCAGUUGUUAUCAGUGUUGGACUUACUGAGAAAGCAGUCUGUACGCUGGCAAGUCAUCACAGUCAUUGUCAUUAUGGCCUGCUACCAGCUCUGUGGUCUGAAUGCUAUCUGGUUCUACACAAGCAGCAUCUUCAAAGUGUCUGGCAUCAGUGAGGAUCAGAUCCCCUACAUCACUCUCAGCACCGGUGCCAUUGAGAUCACUGCUGCAAUUAUUUCUUGCUUGACCAUUGAACGACUUGGACGACGAUCUCUUCUCAUUAGUGGAUUUAGUUUGAUGUCAUUUUUCUUUGGGUUGCUCACGAUUUCACUCAAUCUGCAGGUCUCAUUGCACCAUUGUGAAGAGUUAUCUCUGGUGUCCAGAACAAUGUUUGUCGCUCAAAGCAACAUCGCAAAACAAAAUCAUCUGAUCAGUAGUACAAUAUGGAAGCCACAUGCUCAAAUCUGCUGCUUUGUCCCCUAUAUUGCAAUAAUGACUACACUUUAAAAAUGUUUUGUUGACUGUAAAGCACUCUGGGACAUCCAAAUGAAGUGAAAGGCACUGUAUAAAUGCAAAUUUUCCUUUGAUCCCUUUGACUUCCUUGCAUAACAUGAUGGUUGAAUGAUACAGAUUAUCACGCAUCUUUCCUUGUUGUAGGGUUUUAAGCUCACUAUGUGACUAAUUCAAAGUGAGCAAAUUAAGACUCUUGAUUCGUACACACUCUUAACCGCACAUUGUAGGGUCAUGCCCCUCCAAUAGAAUUGGGAACAUAAGGUGAAAAGCACUUAACAAGCCAGCAGCAGCAACUUCUGGCAGGUAAAAGACAGCUAUGACAAGCCACCAUCGUAGACCCAAAGACACCACCAUCUCCAUUGACCUCAGGAAGACACUAAGCCUCAGGUGAUACACACAAAGUGAGUACUCUUACAACAGCAACGAUAUAUCUGUCAGAGUUUCCACUGGCAAUGUGGAGGAGUCUGUCAGAGCUAUAACACAAUUACAUCUCAGGCUUUUGAAUGCAUGGUCACCCCAUUGCAAGAGAUUCCUCAGUCUCAUCGAUAGCCAUUUGUAACAGACCAAUGUGUGGAUGUAGGUGUUCAACAGUAGCUUCAUACCAUGGCAGUAACCAUGAUUGUAUUGUACAGUCUCACUGUUGUCAAUGCAGCCAAUCACCCACUGUUGGUGAACAGGCAAUUGCAGGCCGUCCCUGGGAUGAUAAAGGGAGACAGGGACAAGGGGGUGGGGCCUCUAGUGAAGGCAUGUGAUCACAACCAUUUCCUUAGGUUUCCUGAAGUAGCCACCCAUUCUGAAUGACUGAGCUGUCCCUGCACUGAUGAAAGUGGGAUCGCCUUUUGACAGAGUAUUCACAGGCUCCACAUCUGAGAGGUCAUCUCCAUGGCAUCUCAUCGAGGCAUGGAUCAAAGACCAGUGCAGAGAACACUGGGGAAACUCAGCAGGUCUAGCAGCAUCUGUGGACAGAGAAAUGGACUGAAUAUCUUCUGCUGAACUGAACUGGCUGCCUCCAGCUCUGCUGAUGGCUCAGAGGCAACACUGUCAGAGAGAAUUCCGAGUGGUUUUAGCAUUACAAAUUCAGUUGUCUGGGUGUGAGUACCAAUUUCAAACUUCGUAUCAAAUGGAAAAUGUACACUUCAAGUAUGCAUUGCUAGUAAGUGUCAUGAUGUUGUUUAUCUCCCAUCCUAUAUUGACCCCAGAUGGGUGAAAAUAGCAGAGUGACAGGAGACUCUUGAAUGGCAGUAGCAGAUGGGAAGUGGCUGUUCUUGGUAGCAUUUUGACUUAUUCAUGGUGGGGAGUUAUUAGGUGCAGCUACACUUGGUUCUGAAUGGCACAAGUACAAUGCUGAAUGGACUUCUCGCAAUUGAAACCUGCCCGAAUGAGGGUGCUAUGAACUUCUCUUGUGGCAGGACAUAUCAUUGGAACCUUGAGAUGUUUGUAAGUCAUCAGAGGAAGCUGGGUGUACCUCCCACUUCCUCAAGUACUAGACCCACUCCACUUUGAAAUGUCAGGAUCAAUGAGGCAUUGUACCCCACUACCAUGGAGGAGAUCCUUGUCAGGCCAUAGCAAAGGAGAGUGUCACACUGGGCAAGACACUGGAAUUACCUUUUCAGACAAUCAUGGCCAGAUUUCAACUGUUACCCCUCAUCUCCAUGUAGCAAGGUUGUGUGUUAGAGUGAAGAGCUGAGAUAUCAGUCACUGCUAAAGAAUGAGAGAGCUCUAAAAGCUCCCUGGAAAGGUGGAUGCCUUCCAGUUCCUUUUGUGGAGGGCAAACACGAACUGCUCAUUAAAAGAUUAGAAUCCCUGUUGACUCAGGCCAUUCGUUGUGAUAGACUGUUAAUCACUACAUAAGUGCACACAAUUAAAUCCUGGUCCUAUUGAAGUCUGUGGCAAAAGAGGAGUGUGGCAAAGUCUUCAGCCUUCUGGGCAUGACUGACAACUUUCACAUCAAGGAUAAUGUACGAUGAUGCCAUGCCAAGCAAGGUACAAACGAUCUGGCUGAAGCUGCUAUGAGGAGCAGCAGAUUGUGAGAUCCUGCAAGCAUCGGUAGCUGAGCAAAGAAAAUUGAGAACUACAGUCAUCUUGACUGCCACAGGCAAUGGGUGCUCAACUCACCUUGAGGCUUCCUCCAAGGCACACGGUUUUGAUACGAGAGCAGCAGGCUUCAGAGGCCCUGCUGCUCUGAGAGAGCCAUGCUGUUGACCUAAGGCUUAUAGACCCUGUAUAGGAGGUAGCAUCUUCAUGAUGCUGUCCUGUGACCAGAUCGAUUCAGCUGUAUGUUGCGGUGUCGCAUGCCACAGCUUCUACUUUCCGUGCAGUUUCUGUCACUCAGACUACUGGGCUGAAGGCCACUGCAGCUGUUCCUCAAUAGUCUAUCAGCCUUCAAAACGUAUGCAUCUCCUGACCCUGUGUAACUUCACACGAAAGAAAAGUUAGCACCGUUAUACAAAUGCUCAAGUCUCCUCAAUGAAAUGGCAACAAGUUACUUUUGCUGAAGACUAUCUAAAAGAUUUAGCUCACGGGGUUGCCCACCUCAGUGUCAUCCUUUAACUAUGGAGGCCAAGGCACUUCAAGUGUUUUUCCGCUUCAGUUAUUGAUUUCACCACCAAGCUGCUCAGGAGAGAUGGAAUGACUUCGAUUCAUAGAAUUCCUACACUGCAUUAGGAGGCUAUUGGGCCCAUUGAGUCCGCACCGACCCGCUGAUGAUCAUCCUAUCCCCAAAACCCAUAAUCCCACUUUUUUUUAAAAACCCACCUAGUCAGCACACUACAGACAAUUUCCCAUGGCUAAUUCUGUGGGAGGAAA